CAGCUUAGAUAACUAAAAACACAUUCCAACGAAGGGAAGGAGGAGAAAUGGAAGGAAUCGACCAUAGAAUGGUGAGCGUCAAUGGCAUAACACUGCACGUUGCAGAGAAAGGUCCCAAAGAAGGUCCCGUGGUGCUUCUCCUCCAUGGAUUCCCUGAUCUCUGGUACACCUGGCGUCACCAGAUUACUGGCUUAUCAUCUCUCGGUUACCGCGCUGUAGCUCCAGACCUCCGAGGCUACGGAGACUCUGACUCGCCGGAGUCUUUCUCCGAGUACACGUGUCUUAACGUCGUUGGUGACCUCAUUUCCCUUCUGGACACUUUAUUCGCUGGAGAUGUGUUUCUGGUAGGUCAUGAUUGGGGAGCCAUUAUCGGAUGGCAUCUCUGUUUAUUUCGACCGGAGAAGAUUAAGGGCUUUGUCUGUCUGAGUGUGCCGUAUAAACCAAGAAACCCUAAAGUCAAGCCUGUUCAAGGGUUUAAGGCCGUGUUUGGAGAUGAUUACUACAUUUGUAGAUUUCAGGAACCGGGGAAGAUUGAAGGAGAGAUUGCGAGUGAUCCAAGAAGAUUUCUGAGGAGCAUCUUCACAGGGAGGACACUCGGUCCGCCUAUUUUACCUAAGAAUGAUCCCUUUGCGGAAAACCCUAAACCUGAUUACGAAAGCAUUGAAUUGCCUAAAUGGUUUUCUAAGGAGGAUCUUGACUUCUACACCUCCAAAUUCGACAAAACAGGAUUUACCGGUGGAUUGAACUACUACAGAGCCAUGGAUCUGAAUUGGGAGCUCACUGCACCGUGGACGGGAGCUAAGAUUCAAGUUCCGGUCAAGUUCAUGACCGGUGACUUCGACAUGGUUUACACCACACCAGGGAUUAAAGAGUACAUUCACGGUGGUGGAUUUGCUGCAGAUGUUCCAAAUCUUCAAGAGAUAGUGGUAAUUGAAGAUGCUGGUCACUUCGUCAACCAAGAGAAACCUCGAGAGGUCACUGCUCACAUUAAUGACUUCUUCACCAAACUUCAGAACAAGAACAAAAGCUUUUAAGGGUUUGUUUGCUUCUGUUAUGUUAUCUCUCCAAUCAAUUUGGUUCUUGCAUGUGUUGUUCCGACAAGAUUAUGAAUAAGAUUUGGCAUUACGAAGCUCAUCAAUGACAAUGGUACACUCUGAAUCUUGUAGCGACUGAUGGAGAAUCAAUUCGAUCGAUCUCAAGCCUGGCGAAUUUGGUAAGAUCAACAGAUAAUUGUAGAUUUUACAAUGAGUCGCAAGAAAACCAAUAAAACUGCAGAGAUAACCAAGUAAAACAAUAAUCCUAAACAGCAAGAACAUUUUUGGUGA